AUGGGGCAGUUGUUCCUACAUCAUGUCAGUGCCAUUAACACUAAACAUUGCCUACUUGUCCUGUGGCCCAUCUGCUAUCAUUGCUACUGCCUGGGGUGCACAUCAGCUGUCUUGUGUGCCCUGCUCUGGGCCCUGUCAAUGUUACUGACCCUCCUGGAAUGGAGUGGCAACAGGCAGACCUUCCAGGCAGUUCCCCAGAGGGCUCAACAGGACACUCCUGGGGUGGAUGAAUGUGGAGAGAGUUAUCACUGGGGAACCAAGGAAACAUCAAGAAGCAGAUUGGAGCAGUGA